GCCGCGCCCCACCAGGCCUCCAGGUGUGAUAAAAAAUACAGCGAAGGCUGCCUCAGAGUGUCACCUGACCAAAGACAGGCUCCUAAAAAUAUUGGUGUGUCCUCACCCACCUUGGUCACCACAUCUGACACCGCACGUGAUCCGGCUCUUCCCCCAAGUCAAAAUGAUCGUGAAAGGAAUGGAAAACCCUUGUCCAAAUGUACUUCCUCUUAAUAUGAAUUCUUCACGAAAGCAAGAGACUGUGUGUAUUUUUGGAACAGGGGAUUUCGGAAGAUCUCUGGGACUGAAGAUGCUCCACUGUGGUUAUUCUGUUGUUUUUGGAAGUCGAAACCCCCAGAUGUCCAGCCAGAUGCCCAAUGGUGCAGAGGUCUUGAGCUACUCAGAAGCAGCCAGGAAGUCUGACAUCAUAAUCAUAGCAAUCCACAGGGACCACUAUAAUUUUUUUAUAGAACUAACUGAGGUUCUCCAUGAGAAAAUAUUGGUUGAUGUCAGCAACAACCUCAAAAUCAAUCAAUAUCCAGAAUCUAAUGCAGAGUACCUUGCUCAGUUGGUGCCAGGAGCCCAUGUGGUAAAAGCGUUUAACACUAUCUCAGCCUGGGCCCUCCAGUCAGGAGCGCUGGAUGCAAGUCGACAGGUGUUUGUCUGUGGAAAUGACAUCAAAGCCAAACAAAGAGUGAUGGAUAUUGUCCGUACUCUUGGACUUACACCUUUGGAUCAAGGAUCUCUCGUGGCAGCCAAGGAGAUUGAAAAUUACCCCUUGCAACUAUUCCCAAUGUGGAGGUUCCCCUUUUAUUUGUCUGCUGCACUUUGUAUCUUCUUCUUCUUCUACUCCAUUAUAAGAGACAUAAUCUACCCUUACGUUAAUAAAAAGGAAGAUAAUACAUUUCGCUUGGCCAUUUCCAUUCCAAACCGUGUCUUCCCAAUAACAGCACUCGUACUGCUUGCCUUGGUUUACCUCCCUGGUGUUCUCUCUGCCAUCCUGCAACUUUACCGAGGUACCAAAUAUCGCCGAUUCCCAGACUGGCUCGACCACUGGAUGCUCUGCAGAAAGCAGCUUGGCUUAGUAGCCCUGGGGUUUGCCUUCCUGCACGUCAUCUACACACUGGUGAUUCCUAUUCGGUAUUACGUACGAUGGAGGCUGAGAAACAUAACCGCCACCCAGGUAAUAGACAAGAAAGAUGAUCCCUUUAUCACCUCCACAGCCUGGCUCAGUGAUUCAUAUGUGUCUUUGGGAAUCCUCGGAUUUUUUCUGUUUUUACUCCUGGGAAUCACUUCUUUGCCAUCUGUCAGCAACAUGGUCAACUGGAGAGAGUUCCGAUUUGUGCAGUCAAAACUGGGUUAUCUGACCCUCAUUCUGUGCACAGCCCACACCCUGGUGUAUGGUGGAAAGAGAUUCCUCAGCCCUGCAGCUCUGAGAUGGUAUCUCCCUUCAGCCUAUAUCUUAGCCCUCAUCAUUCCCUGCACAGUGCUGGUGAUCAAGUUUAUACUCAUCAUGCCAUGCAUAGACAAGACCCUCACUCGGAUCCGCCAGGGAUGGGAAAGAAACUCAAAAUACUCGAAAUCAGCACUGUUCAGAAAAUCAGAUGUUUCAAGCAAAGCUGAAUGUACCUGGGCUUCUGAACUGUAGUAUUAAAUGUUUAGAGAAAAGAAAUGGGCACAAUUAAGAAAGCUUUAUUUCCCCCAUCACUUGAAGCUUGCCGACCCAGAAGGAAAUUUUUCCCGACUUUGAGAAACUAACAGAUUCCCUUUUAUCUAGGGUUAAUGGUGAAUCUGUGCAGGCCUUACUGCUUCUUUUCCUGGAGGCAGUGGAGCUACACGUAGGAUGGAGAUUAGCUUUGUGGCUUUACUCAAAGAAGGUUCUUUGUUAUGGGCAGCCACCAUGACCUAAUGUCUUGCAAAAUCCAGGAAAGGUACAUGCAAAUUCCUGCUCUGAUUCAAGGGCUAAGUUAGAGAUAGAAAACAACAGCCUGAUAGUGGCCAUUAGUGCAGGCCUUGCUAAAUAUGUAUGAAACAAAAGACACAAAUUGCCACAGUGAUUUUUAUUGUUGGUGCUGAGGUCAAACCCAGGCCUUUGCUCAUACUAGUUGGGUGCUCUGCCCAACCACCUAUAUCCUGAGCCCUGCGAUAGUGAAUUCCAUAGUUAAAUAUAUCCCUUGGUUUGGCUUUUACCAGUACAGGUAUCUGCUCCGGGGAACCAUCUUAGGACACAACAAAAAUAGCACAACUGACUGGAAGUGACCACACCUUGGAUAUAUGCAAAUCUGCAUAACUUUACAAUCCUUCCUCUAUAGGAAACAGGUGUGAAAGAGAUUAAGUAAAACUGGAAAGGAUAAUCCAUUUGAGUUUUUCUUGAUGUGCAGUAAACAAGGAAGGGCUGAUAACAGCCUGUGCACACAAAGUUCAAAUAAACCAGAACUUUAGUUAGCAAGCUAAAUAAGUAUUAUCAAACUUUACUAUAUUAGUUUUGGUAUCAGCUAGCUAUUAUGCAAUGCUUUAUAAAUUAUAUUUUCUAGAUAUUAUUCAAAAGUAGACAUCUAUGAAAUUAAUGUCUAGUACAAGGAUAUAUCUUUAGUCUGUCUUAGUCUGAUAAUUUUAAGCAGUAAAAAAUUCUGAAAAUGUAAAUUUAACCAAGGUAUAGAUGAGAGACAACUAUGAACAGUCACAGGGCAGAGAAGUGCGAAGGACAGUUGUUAGGAGACUUGGUUUAUUGCCAAAUCCUAGCUGGAAUGUUGGGUGGUUCCCACUGUUUUUCCGUGCUGACAGUGCCCUUUCCAAGGUGACCUUCAGCAGGAUUAGCUGUCAGAGCUCACAGAUGGUGCUAAAGAGACUUUAUACAAUCUUCUCACAUAUCACCUAGGUAACUAAGAGGCACGGAGUUUAACACUUUUCUACUAAAUCUACAAAGACCAUUUAUUUUUCUCUCUCUUUUUUUAAACUUUUAUUAUUACAUAUUAUACAUGACAUUAUACAGAGAGAUUAAAAUAUGCUAGGACAUCACCCACAAUCCAGGAUAUUUUUCCAUAAAACUUAAAAAUUGUUCUAUUAAUAUUAUAUAUUCAAUUUUACUUUCUUCUUCGUUUAUUCAACGCUUCAUUGCCUUACAUGGCCUAGAUAUUUAUUUAAUGGCUACCUAAUUUUACAGCAAAUAGAGUUUUUUUGAACCACUGCCCUCACUGAAUGUAUAUAUCUGUUAUACUAAACAAAAAACAAUUCAGAGAAUGUCGUCUACCUAUAAUAUUUUUUCCAUAGUAUCAAUUAUCUCCUUAGAAUGCUUGCCAAGAAUGGUGAUUAUAAAAUUAGAGACUGUUUUCUAGUGUUUGAUAGGUACUGCCAACUUAAUUAUAAAGUGUUCUUAUCAAAUCAUUAACAUUAGAUGGCACUAGUUUCAUCAAACCAUUUUAGGUUUGGGUUUUAUUUUAAUUUGUUUUCUUAAUAAUAGUUGCAAAGGUCCACAGAGCACAAGAUCCUGUAUUCUUGAUCAACCCAAGCAAGGAUACAAAAGGCUAGAAGAGUUUGAGCAUGUGUGGUAUACGGGGCUCCCCCUAGAGCGCAGGUGAGAAUACAAACAUGUCACCACUCGACCAUGUGAUGCACACAGCCACUCGCGGCAUGGCUGGCUGGAGGGAGAGCAGCGUGAAGCUCGUGUACUACCCAGACUGCCCUACGGAAGCCUUUGGAGUUAACUGUGCUCCCACUGCAGUGCCAGUCAUAGUCCAUCACUAACAAUAGAAAAUGCUGCAAGUAGGGGAAACACUUAUCCAUAGUAAAAAAUGACAAAGAAACCCUACUUGCUCCAUCCAAGUACUUCAUAGAAGUCAUCCAUCAAACCUAAGUUAAAGAACAGCCCUUAGGUUUGGGCAAAAGGGCUACAAUGCCUGACCUCUGGCCCGGCCACAAGGGCACCAAGCCCCACCUCCUGAUCAGAGACAGCCAACUUCUUUCUUCCUUUCCUCCCCUCAUUCCUCCUGCCACUUUGGAGG